UUCAGAGAGCUUGCACAGUGCAGAGGGGAUGUUGUUUUUCCAACAGCCAGCAGUGUGCUCAGAAGCAGGGAUUAUAACAGUCUUGGAGGGGAAUUAUGGCAUACAGAUGGCUGCUCUCAUGUGAUGCCAGGUUUCACCCUGGUCAGCAACAAGGGGGAUGUCUGAAGACGUCAGCCAGCACUGUUUGGGCUGAUAGUAAACAGAUAAAACAUGGAAAAGCUGCCUUGGAACAGAUAAAAAGUGAGGGAUAGAGAAAGCAAGAGAGGACUGGAGCAGUUUAACAGAGAGAGUACUUAUCACAGACAUUCAGAAGACAUUAUGUCCACCUCGAUAAAGCACGAGAGGACCAUUUGUGUUCUCCUCCCCAACAAAGACCAGCUGGACAUCACUGUCGGGCCAAAGUCCACAGGGCAGGAUGUUUUCAACCGUGUGACAGAGCUCCUUGGAGUCAAAGAGCUGCACUUCUUUGGCCUCACAGUGGUGAGGGAUAAUGAGCACAUAUUUUUAGAUAUGGAGGAGAAACUGACUAAGUACUUUCCUAAGGAAUGGAAGUCAGAUUCAGGAAAGGCAAUACAGAAGAGACCUUUGCCUCUAGUGCUCUGCCUCAAAGUGCAGUACUACAUAGAGAACGGCAGACUCCUUUGUGAACGAAAGUCACGACAUCUAUACUACUCUGAUGUGCGUGAGCGUGUGCUUCGCUCUGAAUGUCGCCAGCAAGAGGAGGUGUACUUCCAGCUGGCAGGUUACGCCUUGCAGGCUGACCUCGGUGACCACCCGCCGGCCAGAGAGUAUACGGAGAUCACCCCUUACUUUGAACCCAAGGAUUACUUUCCCCCUUGGAUUGUAGCUAAGCGUGGAGUGGACUACCUCCUCUGCCAUGGGCCCAAAGUGCAUCAGGAGCUGUGGGGCUUGUCUACGCGUGAUGCCAUCCUGCUCUUCAUCAGGGAGUCAAGUCGACUGGAGGAUGUACCUGUCUUGUUUUACAGACUGCAAAAGGACAAAAAGGAGGAGAGAGGAACAGCAUUGCUCGGUCUGACCCUGCGAGGAAUGCAGGUUUAUCAGGAGGUGAACAACAUGCGACAGCUGCUGUAUGACUUCCCCUGGUCAAAUGUGGGACGUCUCACCUUCCUGGGUAAGAAAUUCGAGAUCCAGCCAGAUGGCUUGCCGUCAGCUAGGAAGCUGGUUUACUACACCGGAUCAUCGUUCCGCUCUCGCCACCUCCUCCUGCACCUGAGCAGCAGCCAUCGCCUCUACCUCAGCCUCCAGCCUGCCCUCAAACACCUACGCCAGCUGGAGGAGAGUGAAGAGAAAAAGCGUUACAGAGAGUCAUACAUCAGUGAUGACCUGGACUUGGACCCCCCAGGCAGUGAGAGCAGCCCUGGUCUGUCUCGACAUUCGACCAGCAGCUCUGGGAUCGAAGCCGAUGCCCGCCAGCACAGCAUCUCCACAGAGAUGGCCUCCAUGGACGAGGAAGGUCAGCAGCAAGGAGAGAAGUGUUUCAGUUCAGCAGCCAGCCGUGGCAGCUCCUGUACCUCUGGGUUUGACGCAGGCAGUAAGGCUCGAAUAGAAGAUGAGGACUGGCAAGAAGAAGAGCUUAAAAUCAAUGGUGGAAGUCCAAAGGAUGUUCUUGUGGAUGAUCCUGAUGAGAUGUUCCAGUUGGCUGAUCUUCUUGAAGGGGUGUCAGUGGAUUGUGCAGAACUCUCCUUAGACACUCAUUCAACAGAAAACAACACAUCUCCUCCAGACAGUGAUGAAUAUCUUGUGAACAAAGAUUUGUUAAAACAGAUGCUGAACUCGAGGGCACAUGUGUGUGUGGAUCGGCACAGCCACAGUCUAGAUGAUGUCCGUCUCUUCCCACCUACAGCACCCCUUGGGAUGACACUGCCACCUGAUUCCUCCCACAGCUAUACCUUUGGGCUCCCAGAUAUCUCAACAAACCCAAAGACCCCUGUUGAUCACAGUUAUUACCCCCUUUUGCACUGCCAAGGCAAACCUUCAUUCUAUGGCCGCAGGUCUACCAACAGCCUCUCCUUGGACAUGUUAGGUGAUGAACAGUUCCUGGAAUUCAUACUUUAAAUACGUCAAGUGUUAAUGUUCACAAAUGCACCGGUUCUCCUUCAUUUAUGGCACAACCUCACUCAUAGGUUGCCAACACAUGAAUGUCUGUGUUUUCUAUGUGAUGAUGAUGACAACGAGGGAUGUGUGUGCGUCAAAUUGCAGAGAGAUGUUACUAAAAAUGACGGGACCCCCCUCAUUUCUCUUAGAAAAGCUGUGGAUUAGAUGACAGAUCUAAUUCAGCAACAUUUCAAUCUUAAACAGAGCAUAUUUAUUAAUGUUGUAUUAUGUGUACACAAUACUUGCACUAUUUUAUUGCAUUUCAUCGCCUUUGAGCAAAAAUGUUUCUAAUCGAUUUUAUUGUCUUUUGUCAAGCUGAUGCUGUUAAAGACUUCUCUGAAAUGUCUGUUUAGGUUUAUGUUGAGAGCAUAACAUUUGACUGUAACAUGUUUUGAAAUUUUAAGGCAAUGCAGUCAUGUGCUGUGUUGACAUUCAUAAGAUGGGACUUAUGUUCCUUGCCAUAACCCUAUUUUUUUAUGUAAACACUUAUAUUUCUGUUUUAUCUCCAGAAGCCAUGGUGCUAAUGUUUGUGCUCCUUUACUUUUUUUAAAAUCAUAUUUUAUAAUGUACUCUAUUUUUGUAUAGUGUGCUCUGUCACAGCAAUGUAGCUGCCGGUGUGGAAAAGUGAACCUCCUUACAGUUGGUAAUGCAUUCAUCCAAAGCUUCGCCAUUCUAUACUCUACUCCUGCUUUUGUAAUUGCAACAUAAAAGUAUUAUUUGUAAAGCACUAUUUCUGUAACCAGUAAGUGUGUAAUGAAUCUGCAGUAUUUUUGUAUUAUGUAACCCCAAACAAAGAGCCUUUCUGUCAGUUUUUUCUGGCAUUAUUUUCACUGUUUUGUAAAUGAAAAUUAGUAUGCAAAAGAACUGAUGUCUUUAGCCAAUGUGAGCUCACUGGAAAAGAAUGUCAGUCCUUAAAUACAGAGGAACUUUCACUCAAUGCCAAUAGUGUAUGAAGUGAGUUUAAAAUCACAAUACUGAACAAUUCAUUUUUAUCUAAAGUGCUGUUUUUUUUUUUAUCAUAGUGAAAAUAAAUUCUUAAUUCC